AUGUUGACAUGUUUCAGUACUUCAAAACUUCACAAGCAACUAAAAACGUUAGAAUUCCUUUUGAAAUUAUGCCUUCCACUUCAGCCUAUUUUCCCCAGAAAAUUUGCUGCUCAACUUAUUUCUGGAAUUUUGGACUAUAAAACAAUACUAGACACGCGUUCACUUCCUAUUGAUCGAGCUCGACACAGUAAGAAGGGUCAACCACUUUGUAUGGAGCAAUACUAUCGACUAUUCAGUUCUUACCGCUAUCCAGGAAAGAUAAAAGACAUGCUUGUAACAACAUCUGAACGUGACCCAUUCGAUCCUGAGCAUAUUAUUGUAAUAUGCUUGAAUCAAUUCUUCGUUAUCGAUGUUAUAUCAAAUGGUAGUCGACUGAGCGAGGAGGAUAUAUACAAUCAGCUACGUCGUGUGACUCAGUUCGCCGAAGAAUCUGUAGCUGGCGAAAUUGAUAUGGAAGUACAACCGAAAGUUGGUGCAUUAACUGCUUUACCAAGAAAUAAAUGGGCAGAGGUUUAUGAACACUUAUGUAAAGAUCCUGAAAACGAAGAAAAUUUAAAGACAAUAGCUAAAAGCAUGUUUGUAUUGUGUUUGGAUAAACCGAUAGUCUCAGUUGAAGAGUUAGAUGAAACAACAGAGAUUAAUGGACAUUUAAAUGACACAAAUGAUGUAAAUACCCUAAACAAAAGAGAUGAUGUUUCACUAGCUCUUCAACUUCUACAUGGGAUGGGAAGUUCAUUUAAUGCAGCUAAUCGAUGGUACGACAAAACAAUGCAAUUUAUCAUAUCACGUGACGGUAAUUGUGGUUUAAACUACGAACAUUCGGUUGCUGAAGGUAUUGCUGUAGUGAGAUUGAUAGAACACAUCCUUCAGUACAUGAAAGAAGUUAAACGAUGGAAGUUAGUUCGAUUUCCAUCUGUAUGUGAGUUGGCAUUUCCAAGAAGACUGAAAUGGAAUUUAGACAAUAGUACAAAAUCAAUGAUUGAUUAUGCUCUCAGUGAAAUUGAUAAAAUAGCCGAUGAUCUCGACUUAUACAUCCUCCGUUAUAAACAGUUUGGACGGGAAUUUCCUAAAACUGUCAAUAUGAGUCCUGAUUCAUUCAUACAGUUAGCUUUACAGCUGGCCCAUUUCAAACUGCAUAACUAUCUGGUUCCAACUUAUGAAAGCGCUUCAAUAAGACGAUUUGCUCUAGCUCGAGUAGAUAAUAUUAGAGCCUGUUCAAUGCCAGCACUAGAAUGGUGUAAAUCAAUGACCGGUCAAACAAAGUGUACAGCCGACGAAAAAAUUCAUCUUUUACGUAAAGCAAUGGAAUGGCAGACUGAAAUUAUGCUUGAAACCAUCUUAGGUCAUGGGGUAGAUAAUCAUUUAUUGGGCUUACGGCAGAUAGCAUUAACUCAUGCAAGACAACUGCCAAGUAUCUUCACCGAUCCAAGUUAUAUGGAAUCAAAUAGGUUCCGGUUAUCAACAAGUCAGGUACCUACAACAAUGGACGCAUUUAUGUGUUAUGGAGCCGUUGUACCCAAUGGAUAUGGUGCGGCAUAUAAUCCGCAUCCUGACAAUAUAGUUGUCAGCAUCUCAUGUUGGCGUACGAAUCCAGAUAAUAGUGCAUCGAGAUUUGCAGAAAUGCUCGAUUCAGCCUUAACUGAAAUGCGUGAAUUAGUCCUAACUAAUCCUGUACUAGCAAAACAACCAUCCAAUGAGCCCGUUGAAUGGAGUAUAGCUAAAUCAUUGGGUGCUGAAGUAGGGUUAAAUGUUACCGCAUAAAUAAAUCAUUGAGAAAGCAUAAUAAAACAAGCUAUGGACUUAUUUUUAGCGCCAUAAGAUUUUAUUUCUUUCACCAGAAAAAAACUGUUUAUUUUAGUCUCUCCCAUUCUUUUGUGAUCUCUGAUUAUUUUCCUUUCUUUUCUGGUAUAUUUAAACAAAGUAAUUAUUAUUUAGAAAAGAGGAUAACUAGAUUAUUGAUAGAAUUUUGAGAAAAAAAAAGAAAUUUAAACAGUUCUUCAUGAUCUCCUUACGUGUUAUGAUAAGAGUUUGAAAGAGACUACUUAUCUUAUGGUUAUUUCCCUGUUACAUUUCACUCAAAGGUAUCAGUCAAAGAUUCAGAAUACAGUAUGUAAUCUGUCACGUCGUAACUAACCUGAAAAGAUAAUUUUGACUACUACUGAAAUUCAAAAUCAGUAAUACAAAACUAUACAUUCAAAGCUUUACACAGUUUCAAAUCUAUUAGGUAAAAAACGUUGGUAGCCCAUUAUUUUAUGCUCAUCUAAUAUACAAAAACUUAACUGCUUAUUUUUACUCUCAUUCCCAGAAAUUAUUCAUUGUAUUAACUAUUAUUUCAUACAAUUUAAAAGUUAUUAUCACUUUAUUUGUCUGUUUUUUCGGUUCAUUUUUUAUGGUUAUCUAUUUUAACCUUUGUUUAUAUUACAAAUUAUACACAAGAAAGUAUGGAUAAUGUUUAUAUUUAUUUAUAUUUAUAUAUCAUAAAUAUUUUUAAAGAGAUUGAAAUCAAUCUCACAUUCACCUUCAAUCAUGUAUACCCCUCAGGUUGUGAAAUGUACAAAUCAUAAUUCAAUGGUUAAUGUAUUAAUUACAAUUACCAUUAUUUGCUUACUUAUUUUUAAUUAGUAAACAAAAAUGAAACUUAGGUUCAUAAAAUCUUACUUAUACGCAAGGUUACGUUCAUUUACUGUCUCACAUUAAAUGAACACUGGAAAUAAUAAACAUUAAUUUACACACUGAAUUUAUUACCACUGAAAAAAUCUAUGGCUGUUGCCGAUAAUCUUUUGAUUACUUAACUUGAUGUAAGUAGAUUAGAAAAAUUAAUUUCUCCUUCCUCUUAUUAAGAUUAUGUUUACCAUUAUUAUUAUUGUUAUUAUUACUGUUAUCGUUACUGUUAUUACUAGAAUACAUUAAACAUGCGUAUCUUAUACAUACAUUCAAAUAAAAAAACAUCUGCUUCAAA